AUGCAUGCUUGGAGAAAGCAUAAAGGAAACAAAGAGCCAGUAUGGGAAGAAGUGCACAUCCCUUUAACGCCCAGCGACGGUCUAUUGGUGAAGUUACUAGCUUCUGGUGUAUGCCACAGCGAUCGGGCCCUUCUGGAAGUCGAAGACCGUCCUCAUUUCAAUGAGAAAUACAUUUUGGGGCAUGAGGGGUGUGGUGAAAUUAUCGAGAUUGGAGAUGAUAUGGAAGACUCGCGUUUCAAACUGGGGGAUCGCAUAGCGCUUCUUGCUGUGCCUGGAUGUGGACUCGAUAGUUGCUCGGAAUGCUCCCGAGACCUGGCUCAACUUUGCCCUCGAGGCGUCCAUCAUGGCAUUGGGCAGGACGGAUUUUUUGCCGAAUACGUGGCUGUCAAUCCUCGCGCUGCUGUACCCCUGCCGCAUGGAAUCUCCCCUGCGGUAGCUGCCGUCGCGACUGACGCGGUCACAACGGCUUACCACGGCAUCACCCGCCGAGCUGAAGUAAAGAAAGGAGAAACAACCUUCCUAUUUGGUCUUGGUGGUCUGGGCUUCAAUGCUUUGCAAGUUGUACUGGCCAUCGGUGCCCGUGUAAUUGUCUCCGAUUUGUGCCCAGAAAAGCUUGAUGCUGCUUUCGAACUAGGUGUCCCACGGGAGGACAUUGUUCCAGCAGGACAAUCAGUCCAGAAUUUUGUCAGAGACAAGGGCUUAGCAGGAAAGAUAGAUACUGUGCUGGAGUUUGUCGGGAAGCAUCAAACGUUCCAGGAUGCGCAACAGAUUGUUCGCGCGGGGGGGAAAAUUCUCUGCGUCGGUACCUUGGAUCGCACAAAUGAGUUGGAUAUGAAAAUUGGGAUUCGGAAACGGCUGAGUAUUAUUUUCACAUACGGUGGUCAGUACCGCGAUCUUGUGGAAGUGCUGGAUCUGAUCGCGAAGAAGGUGAUCCAGCCCCAGGUAGAGAUUGGAAAUUUGCAAGACUUUCCAAAGGUUCUGAGAGACUUGGAGGAUGGCAAGAUCAAGGACCGAAUUGCUUUAGUGUCUGAAUUGGUCUGA